AUGAACCUUGAGCGCAAAUAUGUGAUCGCCUCUGCCAUUACCGCCUUUAUCGCUUGGGCCUUGAUCACCGAUUGGAUCCCGAGUUUGCGCUGGAUACCUUACGCUUUUGUUGCUGGAUUCUUGGUUGCGGUUGCAGGACUGGGAUAUGUGGUUCUGACGACUUCGAAGGGUGUGAGAUGGGACGAGGAUGAGAGGUCUGGGUUUGGGGCGCGAGGUGGUGGUGUUGUUGCGCCGGCAUUCACGAAGGGAGAGGCGUGGGAGGAGGCCAAGGCGACUUUGAUGGCAAGAGCUGAGUACAGACGGCCGAUCAUCUUUCCGGAGGCUAGGGCGUUCAGUAAAGCUGUGGAUGGGUUGUUGGAUCUGAUACUGAGGGAUUAUGUUAGUACUUGGUAUCGUGCUAUCAGCCCACGGCCACUGUUCCAGCAUGAGAUCGACAGGGUCAUUCGCUCGGUGCUGCUCACAAUCGCGGCACGAUUUAAAGAUCUGGAUGUUGUUGAGAUUGGAGUCGCGAGACUGUUGCCCACUAUCACGGCCCAUCUAAAGGACUUUUAUGAUGCGGAACAUGCUGUUCGAGGCAAAGAUCUGGCUGGCAAUAUCACCGAGAGCGAUGAGCUGAAUACGGCUACUGCGAGCAAGUACCACAAUGGCAAGGUGCAUUCUGUGGCUGCUCUCAAGAACUCCGACACAGCCCGGGCGCAGCAGGACCAUUUACGGGAAGUCAUUGUCAAAGUGCUGCCUAUUGUUCUGCCCAUGAACAUGCAGUCGAGUACUUCGGUCACUAUCAUAGUGCGUGAGCUCGUGACUUGUGCCGUCUUGGGACCUAUUAUUGGCAUGCUCUGCGAGCCAGACUUCUGGAAUCAAAUGAUUGUGAACUUGGGUGGGCCAAUGCUGCAAGACCGCAAGACUGUGAAGAAAGUGCGAGCAGCGUUGGAUCAGCAUGCACCGGCCUCUCCUAAAGCUACGCGAAGUACCCAAUUUCCGCGGCUGCGACCCUAUGAUAGUGAGCGGCAAUUCGAGCGCUUCAUUCGUGCUGUCAGGCAUGUCAUGAAUUUGUCUGAAGCACGCAGGUUCCGAAGCGAGAUCGUGAGCCAGAUACGGCGUGACUCGGCUGCUGAGAACCAAGAUGCCGUGUACCUUCGACGCUUGGAGACUGGAAAGCGGCUACUGGACCAAAAGAUCGCGACGUUAUCUGUCACAGCCGAUGGAGCGGUCAAGCCUAAGCUCUCGGUACGAACACCUUCCUUGACAGAUGCCGUGUCGCGCAAGCAGCAGGCAACACUUCGCGAAGUCAUCUACGAUGCUGCUGGCCUGAGCUAUUUCAUGGAGUACAUGGAUCGCGUCAAAUUGAUGAGACUGGUCCAAUUCUAUCUCGUGGUUGACGGCUUUCGCUACCCUCUGGAAGGUGACAGUGAUGACGCACCGCCAGGUGUCGCCAACGACAAGGAUCGCAUGGAUAUUGGUCAGAUGUACGAAGGCUACCUCAGCAAGUCUGAGCUUCGUGCUUCUGAUGAAUCUCUGGAAGGUGUCAGGCAAUACCUCAAAGCUGGAACGAGAGCCUCAGCGCAGCAAUACAUCGAUGCCAGGAAGGCUAUUCUGCGGACACAGACGCAAGCAUAUGCUGCCAUGAAGGAAGUGCACUACGAGAACUUCAAAAAAUCCGACUUGUACUAUAAGUGGCUUUCUAUUGACGACAAUCCAACACAGACCGCAGUUCAAAGCAAGCAAGUUGGCUCUCCAUUGUCUCCUGAUACCAUCACCAGUGGCGAGACCUCACCGGUCAAGGCACGCAGACCGCUGCCCGCCAUUCUGCGCAAGGAGCCAGAGCUGCGCCGUGCCGUGCUGUCGAGCACGGAUCUGAAGACUUCAUCAAGAGCAUCGUCAUUCAAGACAGACGUACGGAGAUCGCUUGAUGACAGCAACAGGCCUGCAUUGUUCGGCGACGAUGUCGAAGAAGAGCGAAUGUCACAAUCAUUGACAAGUCUCAAGGAUUACGACUCUGAAGGCGAAACAGCACGUGAAGCCCAAGAGGAGGCAAAAGCUGUUCGCGAUAUGCAGAGCGCGCUUGAUGAGAUCGUGAACCAUGAGAGUGACGCAGAUUCGCUGUUCUCAGAUUCUACGGGCAGGCCGUCACUGGACUGUGAUGGUAGAAGACCGUCGCAAGAUUUGCUGCGACCUUCGCACCCAGUAAGGCCGCCCUUACCAGACCGGCCCAGUAUUGCGUCUCUUGGCUUAGUGGGCGCGCCAAAAAGCCGGGGUGUCUUCGUCGAUGACCUCUUCGCGGAUGAAGCGCAGAAAUUUGUGGAAGACGAGCGUGAAGACUCUAAUGGGCCGGAUGACAGUGAAGACGACCGAGUACAAGAAGCAGCACCUGGCGAUCUAGGUCUCAUCGAAGCGAUUGGUACCAUAGAUGCAGAAAUGGAGAAGCUCAAUGCGCAGAAAGGUGUUUUAGACUCGCUGACCGCCAAGGCUGAGCUAACGAACAAUACGGCUGAGCUGCGUAUCUUGCGAAAGUCCGAGCAGAGUCUGCAGCGUGAGAUCAAGCGCAAGGAGAUGCAAAAGCAGCAGUAUGUCGUGCAGGAGAGCGAUAACAGCCUUUAUGGCCGUGCGCAGGUCACGAUCAAGUCCGUGAUGGUAGGUAGGGAAGACGAUGGCCACGAGUAUGCCUUGUAUGUGAUCGAGGUACGGCGGCAGGCUGGCGACAAUAUGCCUGCUGCUACUUGGGCUGUGACGAGACGGUACAGUCAGUUCCACGAGCUACACAAGCGUCUUCGAGCACGCUUCCCUUCUGUUCGCGAUCUAGACUUUCCCCGUCGGCAGGCGCUCUUCACGCUACAGAAGGACUUCAUCAAUAAGCGCCGCAUUAUUCUGGAGCGGUACUUGCGAUCACUAUUGCUGGUCCCAGCUAUCUGUCGAAGUCGUGAGCUUCGUGCAUUCCUGUCGCAAUCAGCGAUCACUGCGAACGGCUCAGAUGGCACGCAAGCUGAUGCGAAAGACUUCGUGACACGCAUAUACAACUCUGUCUCAGACGGUAUGGAUGAAUUCCUGGGUAAUAUACCCGUGCUCGAUCAACUAUCCGUCGCGGGUCAGAACCUCAUCUCAGCUGCGACAGCCCAGAUGAACAAUGGUGCCGCCAUCGACGCGCUCGAUCCCACGACACAGGACCCCGCUACUGCUGGCGAGGCGGAGGCAGAGCUCAAUGCAUAUGAAGUCCGAGAAGUAGACGAGCCUUUCGUCAAGCCAAUCUGUGAUCUCUUUCUCGAGACCUUCGAGUUGUCGAAAGGCAACAGCUGGUUGCGUGGGCGCACCGUCGUAGUCGUGCUACAUCAAUUGCUUGGUGGUACGAUUGAACGCAAAGUCCGUGAUACAACCAAAACAGGUUUGCAGGACAAGGCUCUAGCAGGCUAUAUCGAGAUUCUGGAGAACAUUAUGUGGCCAGGAGGCAAGCAACGGCCACCCUCGGUCCCACGAACACCAGCCCAGAAGGCUCGUUCACGGAAGGAAGCCGGUCUGAUACUUGGCGCACUUGUCCCCGAUCUGGCUGGCAGUGUCGUAGGCAAGGCAAAUGCUCAGGCCGCGAGUCGAAAGAUCAUAGCAUUGCUCAACAAUCAGCGGCUGAAUGCUCACAUAGUCUUCACGCUAAUAGAUGAGGUCAUCAAGAUAGUGUUUCCAGAGACAAUAGAGAAACAGACGUAA